AUGGAGCUGAGGCGAGGGGUCUUCACAUGCACUUUCCCGGGGCGUGCGAGCGGGGGCGUGUACUUUGUGGGGAUGCUGCCUGCAUGGCCAGCCAUUGAACUUCAAGUUGUAAUAGGCUCAGCUAUGAAAGGAUCGCUGGUGAUGAGGAGCUUUAGGAGCACUCGCACCUCAGUUUCAUCCGCAACGCAUCUCCUCAAGACGCGAUACCUUGAACCGCGCUCGCAACCUUUCCCCUCCCACCACCAUUUAAAUUCCUCUGUAGCAAUAGCAGCACACAAUGGCCCGCAAGUGGACGGCCCUCGUCGUCUUUUGGCGCUCGCCGGCCUUCUUCUCUAUGGAACCGGCCUUCUCCCCGGUCUCGGCUCCUUCCUGAUCCCCGACGCCGCGCUCGUUGCGCCCGGCGUUACCCACAUUGUUCUUUUUCAGUUCAAGAGCUCUCUUGAAAAGUCCACCAUCGACAAGGUCUACCGCCGGAUGCUCGCCCUCAAGUCCGAGUGUCUCCACCCCGUCCGCUCAAGACCCUACAUUAAAUCCAUCCAGGGCGGCAGUGACAAUUCCCCAGAGGGUCUUCAGAACGGCAUCACCCAUGCAUUCGUUGUUGAGUUCGCCUCGACUUGGGACCGUGAUUACUACGUCAACGACGAUCCUGCCCACAAGGCCUUUGUUCAAUGGGUUGGCUCCGCGGUGGAAAAGGCAACCGUGGUAGAUUUUGUGCCUGGCAGGCUCGAGUAG